AAACAAAGCGAGACCUGAGAAACCGGUACAAGCUUAAUCCCUCUCGCCCGGCUGUCUGCCUGCCCCUGCGUGUGUAUCGGGCUAUCUCAGAAUGGCCACGAGAUCUUUGUGGCGCUCCCGAGUGAAGCUAGCGCUGGCCUUCACCGCCUUCGGUGGCGGGGCUGCUGCGGCGGCGAUCUCAACCUCCGACGAUCCCUCAACCACCUUGAAGCUUUGUACCGUUGUUCCCCUUCGCCUCGUUCGCGAUUCAUUUACCGCUGCCACCAUGGCAUUCGAUUAUGAGUACUCGCUGUGGGGGCUUCCAGAGGGAAGUGUUGAGAGGUCAAGAGCCAAACAUGAAGUCCACACUAGAUGUGCACGUAGGCUUCAAGAAUUGUGUUUCAGGAAUGGAGGAAUUUAUAUCAAGCUUGGUCAACACAUUGGUCAGCUGGAGUACUUAGUUCCUGAAGAAUAUGUUCAGACAAUGAGGGCUUCCAUGUUGAAUAGGUGUCCAGUUUCUUCAUAUGAUCAAGUAUGCGAAGUGUUCAAGAAGGAACUUGGAGGGAUGCCAGAUGAAAUUUUUGAUGAAUUUGACCCUGUCCCUCUAGCAAGUGCUUCCCUUGCACAAGUUCAUGCUGCUUGCACGCAUGAUGGCAAAAAAGUUGCUGUUAAGGUACAACACACUCACAUGACAGAUACUGCGGCUGCAGAUUAUGCCACUGUAGAGUUGAUAGUGAAUACCCUGCAUUGGCUUUUCCCGACAUUUGAUUAUAGGUGGUUGGUUGCUGAAAUGCGUGAAAGCUUACCGAAGGAAUUGGAUUUCUUGGUUGAGGCCAAGAACAGUGAGAAAUGUUUGGAUAAUUUUAGGAGGUUAUCUCCACAUCUUGCAGACCAAGUACAUGCACCAAUGGUUUAUUGGAACUUGAGUACCUCAAAAUUGUUGACUAUGGAAUUCAUAGAUGGUGCAGAAAUAAAUGAUGUCAAUACAAUUCAAAGGCUUGGAAUUCGACCAAGUGAAGUUGCAAAACUAGUUAGCCAAGUCUUUGCGGAAAUGAUUUUCAAGCAUGGGUUUGUACAUUGUGAUCCGCAUGCUGCCAACUUGCUGGUUCGCCCUUUGCCGUCUGGCAAGAGGAGCAUUUUAGGCAAGAGAAAGCCACAGUUGGUACUGCUUGACCAUGGUUUAUACAAAGAGCUUGAUUUUCCUACUAGAACCAACUAUGCUGCACUCUGGAAGGCAUUGAUAUUUGCUGAUGCUAAUGCAAUAAAGGAAAAUAGUGUGAAAUUGGGUGCUGGAGAGGACCUCUGUGCGUUGUUUGCAGGGAUUCUUACAAUGAGACCCUGGAAUAGGGUCAUUGACCCAGCUGUUGACCAUCUGGUUCUACAAGGAAGUGAUAGUGAUCGUUCAGAACUGCAGAUGUAUGCUUCUCAGUAUUUCCCCCAGAUCUCAGAACUUCUAAGGAGAUUGCCCCGUGUAAUUCUGUUAAUGCUGAAGACCAAUGAUUGUCUAAGAGCAGUCAAUAAUUCUCUGUUGCAGGGAUCUAGCCUAGAGACGUUCUUGAUCAUUGGAAGAGUUUCUUCAGAUGCAGUCACUGAGGCGAAGUUGUUGCAAAAGAAAUCCUUCUUGUCAGGGCUAUGCAUAUGGUUGGAAGAGGUGUUGGUGGAAGCUCGACUUCUUACCAUGCAGAUAGCCUUGUGGCUUUUACAGUUGAGGAAGGCUUUGACUUGGUGAAAUUUAAUACCACAGUGACCCUUCUGCUUUUGAUUCUUCACCAGAUUCAUGGUUAGUGAUUAUGACAUACAGGUUGGUUCGUUGGAGCCCAGGUUUGUUUUAUCAAAAUUGACAGGCUUUAACAGUUUUGAAAGGCGAAUAUUUUUACAGACCAAUUUUUGUUCUUCACUCACAAUUUUUUUGUCCGCACAGCAUGAUGCUUCAAGCCAGUCUGCAGGCUGUGUGAGCUCAGAUUUACAUGUUGGUUAUUUUCCCUUAUUUGUCACAGCAAAUAAUGUUUUAUUUAUUUUAUUGUAUUUGUCUUAAAAGGCAAAAAAUGAUGCCAUGUUGUAUAACCCCAUGGAUGGGGCCAAAGAAUAUAUACUGUGGAAUUUAUUAAGAAUUCUUUGAUGAUUUACAAACAUUUAGAUUAAAAGUUGUUUCUGCAGAGUGCAGAUGCAAGAGGCAAAGCUUCGAAUGCUAAUGAUUCAUUUACGGUUUCCAAUUGGACUUUAUUCCAGAGCAUGACUACACCUACACGAAUACGCGGAUACGAGAGCACUCACUUUGUGAAAAUAAAAAGGCCAAAAGUUGUUCUCCACCCCUCCUAAGACCUCAGAUAGCUGGGGGAGCCUGGGGCAAGCGUUAGGUAAUGAGGAAAUUUUUGAGACUAGCCUCUCCAAUCAG